UUCAUAAGACAAGAUCUGCUACUGUGCAUACCCUAAACGGACUCUAUGGAUCUAUAAUCGCAAAUGUGACAAGCGGAUAACGGAGAGCGCGCGGAGGAUUUAAAGCAAAACGAGAGGACUUCUUAACAGAGUGAACUGGAACACUUUUCCCCCUGAACGCGGGGAACUGGAUUAAGCUUCUUCAUGCAACUUUUUUGGAAAGAAAUCAAGAGCAUCUCACCGGGGAAUACCAAAAAGAUCAGCAACUGUGACAUCGCGCUCUCUUCAGUAACUGCAGGUGUCACGUUUUCUCUCGGUCCCUGCGGGGAAAUGUACCAAGGGUUCCCCGGUGACCCAGACAACGGAUCCCGUGGAAGCUCGUCUCCAUCCAUAGAGUCCCAGUACCUUUCCUCCGUGGACUCCUUCGGGAGCCCGCCGACCACCAGUGCUCCACAGGAGUGUGCGUCAGCGGGAGCUGGCUUGAGCAUUGUGGACAGCGGGCCAGGGGCCAGUGUCGGAGGUGAAAUGCCCGGUUCAUUUGUGCCAACUGUCACCGCUAUCACCACCAGUCAGGACCUGCAGUGGAUGGUACAGCCGACCCUCAUCUCCUCCCAGGCCUCUGGACAGAGUGGAUCCACUGGCACCACAACCAUGACCCAGCCAGUAUCACUGGUUGACCCAUAUGACAUGCCAGGCCCCAGUUAUUCCUCAGGGUCUGGGUUCACCCCUCCAAGCUCGGAUACCCCAGGGCCAGCACCAGGUCCCAUUCGCCAGUCCAGAACUCGUAGCCGCCGCACUCGAGAAGAGUCUGUGAGUGAAGAUGGAGAUGUUGGUGUGUUACUAACACCUGAAGAGGAGGAGAAGAGACGUGUUCGCCGAGAGAGGAACAAGCUGGCUGCCGCCAAAUGUAGAAACCGCAGACGAGAACUCACAGACAGACUGCAGUCGGAGACGGACAUACUGGAGGAGGAGAAGGCCGAGCUGGAAGCUGAGAUCUCUGAGCUUCAGAAAGAGAAGGAGCGCCUGGAGUUUGUCCUGGUGGCCCACCAGCCAAACUGUAAGAUCCCGUACCAAGACCAACCCCAGCAGGGCUCAGCACAGCUUCCUCCAGUCCAGCCCCAGCUCCCUCCCCAGACCUUACAACCCUCUGUCUCCAAUGUGGGCUUGGUUGUGAAGGAGGACACUUUCUAUCUGCCUCCUGCCUACACAGCCCAUCCGGCCUCCACACAGCCCCAGCCUCCGGUUCAGCAGCAAGUCCAGCAGCAGCCUCAGCAAGGGAUAAUGCAGGAGGUAGAGUUUUCUCGUUCUUUCUAUGGCUCAAGCGAGCCAGCACCAGGCGGGCCGUGCCUUAUGGCCAGCGACAGUGGUGGUGGUGGUGGUAACGAUGGCGAUGCGGCCAUUGGCAGCUACAACACCUCAUACACAUCUUCAUUUGUGUUCACCUACCCAGAGGGAGCCUGCGGGGUCAGUGCCAACCAGCGGAACAGCAGUAGCGAGCAGUCAUCUGAUUCCCUGAACUCGCCUUCACUGCUGGCACUCUGACUGACCGACAGACACACGAGCACACAUAUCAACGCACAUACACAUUAUUCUCGCUGGAAGUAGAGGCUGAGGCAAAUACAUGCACAGUACCUAUCAGUCUCAUACUUUGAAAAAAAAAAAAAUACAUCAACCAAUCAUUUGUUUCUGAUUGGCUUAAAGUUUACACAUUGUGAGAUGCAUUCCAAUUAAGAGCCAUACAAACAGUUGCAUAUGAAUUACGUUGGAUCUAACCCUUAUCAUUGAGCUUAAACAAAUGAAUCACUUCUUGUUUUGUAUCAUCAGAAUACCUGCGACUGGACAACACAAGUGAAUAAAAACUGACUCACAAAAUCAAGUCCAAGUCGCCAAUCUUAAGUGCACUGAAUUAACAGAUUAAUUCACAGAAAACAUUCUCAAUCUUCAACAUGUGCAGCACAUUGAGUGAGACGCCACAAGCUCACUCAUUGCACAUUCCAACAGGCAGCAGUGCCCCCACCUUGUUCCCUCUGUCGGUUGCCCCUCUUCCAGUGCUCUUGCUCUCAUCCUUUUCCAUCCUCUUCUCCCUUCUUCCUCUUGCUGAAUGUAUUUGUGCCAAUCUGAAAUAGGGACGAAGGACACUCUGUUCAGGGUCUUUUCUUGUGGGACACACACAGCUGAUCUCUCGCUCACCUCUAACCCUUCAUCCGCUCGACUUCCCUUUGCUUCUUCAUUUGCUGCUUGGACUUGACAAGUUGGGGAUCUGAGUAUCACAGCCUCCACUAAAUCUUGUGCUUUCUUCUGUCCCUUUUUUUUUAAAAAAAAAACCAAAAACUUCUGCCGUCUGCCUACCUGCCAUGCGACCCAUCUCUGCCCAUCUCUCUUUCUCCUCUCUGUCUCUGUGUUUCUCCCUCUCUCUGAAGUCUUCAACCCCCGAGAGCCCGAAGACCCCUGAGAGCCCUUGGGACCUUGAGUGAAUGACGGCCCAACUAACACGCCCUUUUGCACCCUCUCAUACAAGGACAUGGAUGCAACCCUCCCAUACCGAAGAACCUUUUUCUUGGAGUGCAUUACUCAAAGUGGAUCCUUAUGGUGAACAGCAGCUAAAUACUUUCAUACACGCACAUAGACGUAUAAUUGACGAAUGCGACGUGCAAGACAGACGCCACUGUCUUCGACUGAGCCAUUUUUCGAUGUUCACACAUUAAUUCGACAUAUCCUGUGUUAUGAGGCUGGUUCAUAAAAGUGGGGAUGGAGACAGGAAGGGAAGGAAGAUGGUGCUACCCAGCUGGACAGACUCAAAAGGAGUGAUGAUUAAUCAAUCCCAUCUUAACCAAGAGCUGAAAGUUAAAAACAAAGUAAAAAUAAAAUAAAGAGAGAAAAAAAAUCCUGCUCUUGCCAACUGUGUGGAAGGGUGACCUCAGUAAAAACACCUCCAUACCACAGAGUCUCAUCACCCUGGGCCUACACGCGCAUAUUCAUACCAUCCAUCGCUUUGAAGUCGCUGAACUGAAGAUACAGACGUUUUGUUGCAGCGCACCAGCGCGCCAUUUUGUUCGAGACUCAAUCAGAUGUGAACCGAUGCCUUUAUUUAGAGAAGAGAGAAGUUCUUUUUUGCAGUGAUUCAGACAACCUCUAAACGUUGGGCUCAGUAGUCUCUGUACCUUCCCUGUUCUCUCAGGAGAGACGAGGUGGGGGUGCAUUUAUUGUGAGUGUGUCCACUCUGAGGCACCUGGCCCAUUUAUUUCUUUCUUUAUUGAGGUUGAUGUGACGAGUGAGCACAAAGCAAGACCUGGAAACAAAAGAGGAGAACACGUGGGCUGAUGUUGUGGAGUGAGCGUCCUUUCUUUUCCUGUGAAUUUGUUUUUUUUUUUUUCUGUAUGUUUAAGUGAGGAUUGUUAUAUAUUUUAAUGUUUGUGUUUGUUUGAAUGUUUGAUUGUUCUGCAUUGACUUCUGCUUUCAUUUGUACUGUUGCCGUUUCUCGUUUUUCUUUUUGUUUGUUUGUUUUGUUUGUUUCAACCGGGAGAUUUUCUUCUAACUGUUACUAUUAUUAUUGCUUUGUAACGAUUGUUUCAUUAUUUUACUGUAUUUUCAUUUGGCAACUUUGGAGGCAUGAUGUGCACUACAAAAAAAAAUCUAAUUAUAAGUCUAUAUGCAUAUACAUAUAUACAGGUAACAUGUAUAUAUACAUAAAUGUAUGUACCAUUAUUCUAAAGUAUGAAUGUCUACAAAUAGAAAUGGGAUAUUUUUGUCAAUGAAGAAUAAGAUAAAAUGUUAUUGAGGUUUAGUUUUAAAAUGAAUAUUUUUCUAAGGGAGCAAAAAAAAAAAGUAUAAUAAAUUUAAAGUAAUGCCCUGUCUCUGAACAUGAAGCACGAUGUCACUGCCUCUAUCAGUGUGUAUUUAUGUUUUAUAAGCAAUUUAAAGCACUAUUCAAGUUACAUUAAAUGUAUGUUUAUAAUUAUGAUGUUAGAAAGUUGUAGUAAGGCCUUUGUUUUGUUUGUUUGUUUUUUCUCUGUGAGGUCUGUCCCAAUGCUACUGACACCUUAAUGCCACUUGAUCUUCAGCAGAUUCAAAAUGAGGAAAAAAAAAAAGUGUGAUUGAAUGUCAAUACACAUAUUAAAAGUGUUCAGACUGCAUAAUGACUAAACUGUUUCAUUUAAGGACAAAGUAUUUCACAGAAUGCAUUUCUGCCCGGUAUAAGCAUAUCUCUCAAUCACGUUGAAAUGUUUGUUUGAAGGAUAAUCGCCGUUUUAGCCUUGAUAUGAUGACUAUCACGUUAAAGUUCCGUUCUGUUACUCAAGAAAAUAUAUCGUCUAAUUGAUAUAAAAAAUAUUUUGUGAUUGUAUUUGCUGAAUAAGAAGCUUUAUUUUCAUUAAAUAAAUAUGUUUGAUCAAAGCAGUGGCUUGAUUAAUGACACGAGUUAUUGUUCUCAUGUGGCUCUUGGUGGUCAGAAAAUGGGCAGACCUCAUUU